GUUGCUUCGCCAACUCAAAGUUAGUUGCUUUGACAUCUGCAUGCGUGUUUGCUUCUGCACCGAGCUCUGCAUCAUCAGCAUCAGCAGCCAUAAGCAACGGCGCUGGACGCUUGCUUCUUGCUUGUUGUUGGUGUGUGGCGUGAGUGGUUGCUGUGCCAUUUUAUCCAUAUCCACCGCACGUGAAGCAUCGCCCAGCAACACCGCUUUUACCCGUGCCACGUCCCCCGCAUAUCCGCACAUCACCCCAGCAACCCACACACCGGUGACUUGGCACCCUCUCUCAUCUCCGUGCUCACCCCCCGAACAAGGUUGAGACGCGUGAUCGUGAAGGAUGACGAUGACGAUGAUGGCGUCCUUCAAUACACGCUGCUGCUGCUUGUUUCCGUUGCUGCUGGCAGUGGUGCUGGUUGUGAUGACACCGCUUGCACAAGCCAGGCCCAUUGCUGCUCGGCACCGCCGCGAAGUGACCGCAUACUCUCUGGAGGAAAUCGGUGCGGCUGGAUCCAACUUUGUGGUCGACCACUUUGGCGCCCUGCCUGGCGUGACAGACCCGCGGCGGUACACAACCGCGUUCUCCUCCUCCGCCACCAUCGCCGUCAUCAACGGCGUCACUUCCCUCACGCCAUGCAUUGCCGCGUGCGAGCUUGAUUCCGAGUGUCUCGGCAUCUUUUACUGGCACGUCCCAAACGGCGACGUGCGCUGCUAUCUCCUCUCGGACCUGGGCACGCCCGGCGGCAUCACCACUGCCACCGUCUCCCUCAGCCUGCGCCGUUUGUUCCCCACCACAAGCAGAUCUACAAGUGCAACAACGACCACCACCACAUCAACCACAUCCACAACUACAUCAACCACCACCACAACCACCACAACAACCCCAACCACUACAGCAACCACAACCACAACCACCACUACAUCCACAACCACCACAACCACCACAACUACAACCACAACCACCACAACCACCACAACUACAACCACUACAACCACAACUUUCGGGACACCAACAGUGUACGACAUCAUCCAAACAAAGCCGCAGUUCUCGUACCUGCUGCAAGCUGUGCAGGCCGCAGGCUUAGAAGCGGCACUGCAAACAACACCACACAUUACGUUCUUCGCACCAGACAAUGACGCGUUCGAGGACGCGUUUUCCCCAGCGGAGCUGGCAAACCCAUCCCUGCUGGGCAGCCGUCUGGCAACCAUGCUGCUGGGCCACGCUGCAACUAAUCGAUACACGGUAUACGGGCUGUUUGUCAGUAACGGCGCGGUGCUGCCAACGCUGAAUGGGCAGUCGUUUCUCUCUGUGGUCGUGAACCUCAACCUCAUCUACAUCAACGGCGCGCAAUUGGUUGAUGGCAACUUUGUCGCCUCCAACGGCAUUGUGCACGAGAUUGACGCCGUCCUACUCACCGAGCUUCUCACCACCACGACCACCACGAGCACCACGACCACCACCACAUCGACAACGACGACCACAACCUCAACCACAACUACAACACUGCCCGGUUCAACGACAACCACCACAACCACGACUGCAACCACGACUACAACUACCACCACAACCACGACUACGACUACAACCACAACCACGACUACGACUACAACCACGACUACAACCACGACUACAACAACGACGACAACGACGUCCACAACGUCGAGCACAUCCACAAUGACACUGCCAAACCUGGUGUCCUUUGUGAACAGUGACAGUCGCUUCAGCAUGUUUGCGUCCCUGAUUGAUUCCUCCUUCUUGGAGCCGACCCUGAGCAACCUUGGGCAGCAGUUUACGUUCUUCAUUCCCACAGACGAAGCCUUUGCCAAGGUGCCGCCAGCGGUGCUUGCAGAGCUGCAGAGCAGCCCGCUGGAGCAGCGCCGCUUCAUCUUGUACCACAUGCUCCCUCGCCGGCACACAGCAGCCACACUGCGCCACGUCGCCCCGCACGUGUACACGUCACUGGUUUCCAGCGAACCCAACCUGCUUGUCAGGAACAUUGGCGGCGUGCUCUCUGUCAACGGCGCAGACAUUGUGGCAGAGGACAUUGAGUUUCAACACGGCCUCAUCCACGCCCUGGACCGCGUCCUCUACCUCGACUACACCACAACCACAACCACGACGACCUCCACGACAACCUCUACCACAACCACCACAACCACGCCCGUCCCAGCCUCCAGCAGCAGCGUCAUGUGACGGCGUUAGCGCUAGCCUGGGGCGUGUCGUUUCCUUGCGUUGUUUCCUUCCAAUCGAGUGUUUCGUGUCAUCACAACGUACCUUGUGUCAACAGUCCUCCUCUUCACACACACUCCCCCCCCCCCACACACACAGAAAAACCUAACCUCGGCUCAUAAACCUUGUGCCUGCAAGCAAGCAAUCAGAAACAGAGG